AUGCAUCGUCAAAUAUCUCGAAGACGGCCACCAAGACCGAACAAACCAUUUGAAGAAAUCUGGAUAGACUGGACAGACCUUUCAGAGGAUUACCAAGGCUUUUCCCGAGUCAUGUUCAUAACGGAUGCAUAUUCAGGUCUUGUUUUUCCGUAUUUCUUGCGGAGCCACGGAUUAGGACGCGAGAAUCGAAGAAUACUGCGAGACUUCCUUAACUGGAUAAACCUUCAAUACAACGGCAAGCCGAAGGUUCUUAGAUCAGAUGGCGAGCUCUUUAGCAAAGAAGUCCAGAAGGAACUUCAACGUCGUUCAAUCGAACCAAAAAAGUCAGCCCCAAACACCCAGGCCCAAAAUGGAGGCGCUGAAAGGUCAGGGGGUGCGAUUAUGGAAAAAGCUCGAACGAUGCGCAUAGCAGCAAACCUGCCGCACGACUUAUGGAAAGAUAUUGUUGAAGCAGCUUGCUACCUACGCAAUCGAACACCACUUGAGAGGAACAAUUGGCAAAGUCCUUUUGAGAGAACUUUCAAGAAGCAACCCACAAUUAGUCAUCUAAAGGCCUAUGGAUGUAAGGUUUUUGCCAUGACCUCGGAAGCCCAACUCAAGCUACGAAGAAAGCAGAAACUUGAGCCAAAAGCACAUAUAGGAUACCUCGUCGGAUAUCAAUCUUCCAACAACUUCCGUAUCUGGGUGCCUCACAAGAACAAGGUUAUUACCACAAGGGAUGUUAUCUUCAACGAAGCUAGUUUCUUCAACAACAGCUUAAUUAAGCCAGAGCUAAUGCACUCUGUCGAUGAACUGAUUGAAGAAAUAGAGAUCCCAGAAGCUCAGCAGGUUGUUGAAGCCACCCUAGAAGAUGAGGGUAGUGAAAUAACAGAUACAGAUCAGUCAGAGGACGAAUCAUUUAAUCAAGAAGAUCAGAGUGACGAAGAAGUCAUUAAAGACGUAAUCGUCGUAAAUACUGGUGGUCAGGAUGAUCAGGCUAAUGAGGACGAUCGCGAGAGCAUGAAAGGAAGCUACCUUCCAACACCGCCAGAGUCAGACCCAGACCUUGAAGACAGUAUAGAAGCCGUCCUCACAGCUCGCCUUCCAAUUCGUCAUCGCGCCGACCAUCCUGAGGGGGUGAAUAAAGACCAGGGACAUGAUGCUGGCUGUUGCAAUCAAAAGUUCAAGUCCAGCCAAACAGACUAUCGAUUCCACGAAUUUCACCCUAUCCGCGUUAAAUCAGCAAUCCAUGGAGCGUUCAAUGCAGGCAUUAAAUUCCGACCUCACAAAAAGCACCCGCCGCAGCCUCCAAAGACAUUAAAGGACCUGGCAGGUCACCCAUUCAGAGACCAAUUUAUCAAAGCGCAGCAAGAACACCUAGCAUCACAUGAGCAGAUGCAAUCCUUCAUUGAGGUUCCUUGGUCAAGGGCCAAAGGCCAGAGAGUUCUAAGCUGCAUGUGGGUCUUCACGUACAAGCUGGAUCGUCACGGCUAUCUUGUACGGUGCAAGGCACGACUUGUUGUAUGUGGAAAUCAACAAGAAAAGGGCGUUCUGCCAACCAGAGCAACAACAUUAGCAAGUAUGUCUUUUAGGGCUCUCAUGUCAAUAGCAGCAGAGCACGACCUUGAGCUGGAACAGAUGGAUGCUGUAAAUGCAUUCGUAAACUGCGAGUUGGACGACACAGUGUACAUGAGAAUGCCACCAGGAUACGAGAAAUAUGGCAAAGUACUGCGUCUGCGGAAAGCCCUCUAUGGAUUGAGAAGGUCGCCUUUGCUCUGGCAAAGAGAAUUGACCAAAAGCUUGAAAGAACUAGGCUUUCAAAUUGUGCCGCAAGAGCCUUGUAUUAUGACCAAAGGGUCAGUAAUCGUCUUCUUCUUUGUUGACGACAUCAUCUGGGCAUACAGAAAAGCCGACUCAAAGAUCGCAAAGACAGCGAUAGAAGAAUUAAAGAAGAGGUAUCAAAUGACCGAACUGGGAGAACCAAAAUGGUUCCUUGGAAUCCAUAUUUUACGGGACAGGCCCCGCAAGACAAUAUGGUUAACACAAGAUGCUUAUAUUGAUAAGAUCGCAAAUAAGUUUGAGAUUGACCUUGGCAAAAAGCCAACAACUCCAAUGGCGUUGGAGGAGUUGUUUAAGUCAACCACCCAAGCAUCGAAAAAGUCAGUUGAUCAGUACCAGAAGAAAGUCGGAUCAAUCUUGUUUGCAGCCAUAUCGACCAAACCGGAUAUCGCGUUUGCUGUAGCCAGGCUUGCGAGGCAUAACCUGAAUCCGAGCGAAAUGCAUCAUAAGGCUGCAGAUAGAGUGAUUCAGUAUCUCUAUGCAACAAGAUCCCUGGCAAUCCGCUUGGGCAGCGGUGGCUACAUACAGAGCAGCGGACCAGCUGAGAUCUUCUUAUGCGCAAGCGAUGCGUCGUUUGGAGACAAUACAGAAGACCGAAAAAGCUCACAAGGCUAUGUGAUGAGGUUAUACAGCGGAUCGAUAGCUUGGAGGGCAUCGAAACAGGCCACAGUCACAACCUCAAGCACAGAAGCCGAGCUAUUAGCCGCGUCAGAAGCAGCAAAAGAAAUGAUAUUUGCUGGACGACUGCUACGGGCCUUGGAGAUCAAAUUUAAUGAGCCGUUAUUGAUAGAAUGUGAUAACCAACAGACCAUACGGCUGGUAUCGGAAGAAUCUACCAAAUUGACAACACAACUGCGUCAUGUUGAUAUUCAUCAGCAUUGGCUACGUCAAGAGGUUCAGGGAGGAAGGAUUUGCGUACGGUGGGUGGAGACCAGUAAGAUGGUGGCAGAUGGAAUGACCAAGGCGUUGCCCAAGGUCCGACACAUAGAAUUCAUCAAGCAAUUACGGAUGGAAGACGUCCGCAAUAGAAUAGCCGCAGAGGCCUUGAUGGAAGAAGCUCGAGAGAAAUUGCAAGAAAAACUUGCUAACCGAGUUCCAGAGAAAGACAACCAACGAGACCUUGAGUUGAAGCUGGGGGCGAAAGGCGGCCGGCCAGGACGCCGAAGAGAACAGCCUUGA